AUGUCGCAAGACACUCCCUCCAAAAAACUAGCUUUAUACGUUUGGCCAGGGCAAUGGGGGUUGCCAUCUUUUGAUCCUUUCUGCUUAGCAACUGUCUUAUAUCUCCAACUGGCCAUCCCAGAACAAUUUACAGUCACCGAAUGUGCCAAUCCAGACGUGUCUCCUAAUGGACAACUGCCCUUUCUCGUUCAUGACGAACAGGUUGUUGUAUCUUUCCCAUCCAUCAUCAAAUACGUCGUAGGCCUCGGCAAUUCUGACCCUUUGACAUACCCAAAUGCAAACUUGGACGGUUCUUUGGAACAACUAGAAAAAGCCCAAAAGCAAGCAUGGUGUGCACACGUAAAAUCCAACCUCGGAGAUUUAGUGUACCAUAUGCUCUACUCGGUGCACGAAAAUUGGGUGGAGGUUACCCACCCAGCGCUAGUGUCUAUGUUACCUGUUCCACAACGGUAUUACGUUCCGGACAGGAUACGUAGCUUGUACAAGCCACGUCUGGAAACGUCUGGAUUGUGGAGUCACCUUGUGAAUGAAAAAAAUAUCGAAAAAAAUAUCAAGUCCCAAUCACCGAAGCCAACACUCCGCACCCCCGUAUUUACACAGGUUUUUGAGCAAGAAAAGUUUGCAGAGAAGGCCCGUUCGACACUCUCAAUUUAUCAGCGUCUCCUGGGGGGCAAGGAUUUUGUUUACCAGGAUUUUCCCACCUCAUUGGAUGUUCUUCUCGCAGCCCAUAUUCUGCUUUUGGUAAAACCUCCCUAUCCGAGUGCUGUACUCAAGGAUCUUGUGAAGGACUGUUUCCCGACUUUGGCAUUACACGCUCAACGUAUCUACGAGAGAGCUAUAGGCCCUAGCCACCCCGUAGCAGGGACAAAACACGAUACAAUCAGCUUCGAGAUCCCAACUUCAUCAAAGGUACCAGAAUCUAAACGCAAGAUCAAGUCUCCAGAAGAUAUUUAUCAUGAUCGAAUGCGUUGGGCAUUCUUUGGCUUAUCCAUCGGUUCUCUCGUUGCGUACCUCGUUGUGGUGGGUGCCCCAGUUUUGAAACAGCUGAGGUUGGCACAAGCGCAACCGAGAAGCGCAAAUGAUAUUGGCGUUGACCUGGAAGACGACGUGCUUAGUAGUUAG